GUUUUCUAACACAUCUGUAAACGGAGCCCACGUUCAUUAAUUAAAUGGCUUUAGUCCGACUAGGCCUCAAUUUGCGCUGUUGAGCAGCAGGCGGCGGGCGGAGUAACACUACAUACCCGACUGUCAGCCCACAAUCAGAGGGGUAAGGAAAUAACUCGAGGCCGAGGUUUUUGAUCAGCGCUAGUGAGGAGUCUGGAGAGACAUUUAGCACUGAAAGCAAUGGAGUGGCUGAGUGGCUGUGCCCCCUGUGCCAAAAAGGGCAACCCAACAGAUCCUGCCUGUCGCUACAUCUCACUGAGCAACACAGCGUACUUCCAUCUUGUGUCGACAAUCUGCUGGACAUUGCUGUUAUAAAACAGGGUUCCAGUAGAGGAGAAGGAAACAAAAGUGAUCUUAAGUCUUCAGGUGCUGAAUCUUCCCAACUGAAGCACGCUGAAGUCAGCGCAGAUCCCUGCCAAUCUAGUGAGAGUUCAGACGCCACCCAGACGCCCGGAGACAAAGAGAUGGAGGAAGAGAGAAUAACGGAACCGGAGGGAGGCGACGCUGAGUCAGUGUCAGAAGAGGAGGGAAAUCAACUCCCAGGAGCCAAACGGCAAAAUACAACCGAAAACACAGAAAUCCCAGACACUAGGGACAAUUCAGUUAAAAAUGGUGUGCAAGCUGAAAAUAACACCCAGUCAUUCAAAUGCAAUGCCUGCCAGGAAACUUUUCCCGGCAAAACUGCCUUGAAAGUUCAUUACAACUCUGCAUCCCACAUUCAGAGGAUGACAAAAGGCCCUGCAAAACAAGGUGGGGACCUCGAUCCCCCGGCUUCCUCGUUUCCUUUCCUUUCUCGGCCAUAUGUAUUAUACAAACCCUACCAGUGUGCUACAUGUCACGUCUCUUACAAUCAUGCCAUCACCCUUGAGAGCCAUAUGAAAUCUGUCUUGCACCAGACCCGUAGCAGAAAUGCAAAAAGCGCAGUUGCCACUGCUAGUUUGGGAGGAACCACCACCGGUGUUUUAAACACUGAAGUGACCACAUCUGGAAGUGGAACCAGUCAGUUAGUUACCACCACCAACUGUGCUGCUCCUGGGACCUUAAUGGGGACUACUACAAAAGAGGGAGAGCAGAUUCAAACGUCUCAAGUAGCUCCCUCCCUCCUCACGUCCCCUGUGGCCUCAGCUCAGGCAGUCUCAGCCUUUCUCACCCUCCUCACAUCUAGCCCCAACAACCUCCCACACUCUCUCCUCCCCUCCCUGUUUGCAGCUGGUGCUGUUCCUGGUGCCGCCAUGCCUCAGCCGCAAAUGGUCCUGCCCUUGAUCUUGAAUGGGCUCCAAGCCCAAACCCAGCAGCACCAAGAGAACCAGCGAGGCCAGCUCCUAACCCAGUGUCUGCCAUUUGUAGGUCUGAGCACAGCACAGCAGGCUCUCCUAACCCAAAGACUUAACAGCUUACAAAACCUGUGGCCCUCUGCAGGAGUUCAAACAAACAUGCAGCCUUGCCUGGAAGAGCAGAAACAGACUAUAAAGUGUGAGAAAGAACAAGAAGAGCUGGACAGUGAUGUGACAGUUGAAGAGAAUGGCUCGGAUCAGAUCAAGGACAGCAAUAGCCUGAUUACAGAGGACAGUAACAAAUCUGCACAGUGUCCCAAUAUAGAAGUCAAAGGGAAGGUUGAGAAUAAGGAAGACAAUGGAAAGGCACAUAGAGAUAGCACAACAGAUGGAGACAGCUCGACUAAUCAGUUGGACCUGGAAGGUGAUAAAGACGCUAGCCUGAAUCUCUCCCCAGUGGGCACAGACAAGAGCCUCCGCAAUAAGAAUCUCUCGCCUUCUGCAUCUGUGGCCAGCAACUCAAGCUCAAGUCCUUUAAAUUUAAAUCUUACACUUAGCCCUGAUUCUACCCCUCAAAAAUCACAAUCUGGCACUAGCCCUUGUGGCUCUCUUGUCACCCCAAAAUCCAGCCCAAACACAAUUGCCUUAACGAAGAACCGAACUCGAGGCCAUUGUAAUGACAUGCGAUUCAUUUAUGCAGACCUUCCAGUGCUGUCAGAGUUCCAGUCGGAGGUUCUCUGGGCGUUUUUUGAGUCGCGCAGUGAGGCUGAUGCUGCAAGUCCUCCCCGUGAGGACUGUGAGGCACUGGCAGAGAAGUAGGGCUUUCUGAGGAAGACGUACGUAGGUGGUUGAGCCAAGCCAGACAUCUAAAACAAAGGCAGAGGGCCACAGGCU